UGCUGCAACCGGCCUCCCCCUCCUCCUCCUCCUCCUCCUCCCUCUCCCUGCUUUUUCCUCUUCUUUCCUCCUCCUCCUGCUCCUGCCGCCGCCGCCCAGCUCAGCCUGCAGCCGGAGCCCCCAGCGCAGCCCUUAGCACAGCCCUUAGCGCAGCCAUGGCGCUGUCGAUGCCGGUGAACGGGCUGAAGGAGGAGGACAAAGAGCCCCUCAUCGAGCUCUUCGUCAAGGCUGGCAGUGAUGGUGAAAGCAUAGGAAACUGUCCCUUCUCACAGAGACUCUUCAUGAUUCUUUGGCUGAAAGGAGUGGUGUUUAGUGUUACAACUGUUGACUUGAAAAGGAAACCUGCUGACUUGCAGAAUUUGGCUCCGGGGACCCAUCCGCCUUUUAUAACUUUCAACAGUGAAGUCAAAACUGAUGUGAACAAGAUCGAGGAGUUCCUGGAAGAAGUUCUCUGUCCCCCAAAGUAUUUAAAGCUGUCACCAAAGCACCCGGAAUCCAACACCGCCGGAAUGGACAUCUUUGCCAAGUUUUCUGCAUUCAUCAAGAAUUCAAGGCCGGAGGCGAAUGAAGGUUUGGAGCGGAAUCUUUUGAAAACACUGCAGAAAUUGGACGAGUACCUGAACUCUCCCCUCCCCGACGAAAUCGACGAGAACAGCAUGGAGGACAUCAAGGUCUCCUCCCGUAAGUUCCUGGAUGGCAACGAGAUGACCCUAGCAGACUGCAACCUCCUGCCCAAACUGCACAUUGUCAAGGUGGUGGCCAAAAAAUAUCGCAACUUUGAUAUUCCCAAGGGAAUGACCGGCAUUUGGCGGUACCUAACUAAUGCCUAUAGCCGGGAUGAGUUCACCAACACCUGUCCCGGCGAUAAGGAGGUGGAAAUAGCCUACAGCGACGUGGCCAAAAGACUCACCAAGUAAAGCAGCACUUGGGCGAGAGAGAGAGAUCAUAGAGACCUCCCCUAACAGAAUGCGCUUCUCUUAACAGACUGCUCCUCUUCCUAUAAAAUAGCCGUUUCAUUUUGCAUGACCGUGCAUUUACUCAAGGUUAGGAUCAACGAUAGGCCAGGUACAGUAGCAAACUUAGGAAAAAAGAAAAAUUUCACCUGAAAAGUGUCUUGAGGGUUUCAACCCAAAUCCCAUCGUACCCGGAGGUGUCCGUUUGCCACCGCGAGGAGGAGUUGGCCACCUUGUCCCUCGGGCAAGAGGGAGCAGUUCCGUCAGAGCGGGCCUGUCCACUCUCCCCCCAGGGCCAUCCCAAGUAGGACCAUCUCUUGGCACCGUGUCAGGAAUAUAUAAUGUAUUUUUGAAUUUAUGCUUUUGAGCAAACUGCGUGGGAGGACUAUCUCUCUAUUAUCAACAUCUAGCUGUACCAUUUCAGACUAUUCCGGAUAGGCACCAGAGGACUUGAUCACCUGAGAAGAGAGCCUUUUGCAGAAGUUAUUACAAGUUUUGUGUUUGUGGGUGGUUUGUUUUUUCUUUCUUUUUUCCCUUGGCUUCAAAGCAUUUAUUAUAUCACACCCAGUAUAGAUAACGAAGAGCUCAGUGGGAGAGCCGGUAUUUAAUUCUCAGGACCUUCCUGGGGCAUGAACUGCCCUUCUAUUAUGGUUAAUCUAAGAGGAACGACAUGUCGGUAUCUGAGACACCUCAGCCCACACCGAACUUUGAUGUUUCGGCUCCACGGCCAGAGUAAACCCACUGUCCUCUCUUUGAACCGUUACUGAAUUCUCCUGCUUACUUGGAAUGCAAGGGGCUUCUUUUUAAAGGUGGGAGGUUAGCAGACCAUUUUUCCUUGGGGAAAAUUGGGUGGAUAUAGGGAACACUACAUAUAAUGCAAACUUUUUUGGAUCUGGCUGAAGUAGAGCUACUGAAUGUGGUAAUAGCAAUGCAAAAAUGAACAAUUACAGGAAAUAGCAUAGGUUAAGUUAAUGGUGUAGCAUCAGUUGUCUUUCAAGUUUGGUUUUUUUUAAGCAUGUUUAAUGUAAGUGACCUUUAUGAAGGAAAAGUAUUUGCCUUAACCUACAGAAUGCAUGGUUUUCCUAGAGAAAAAUGGAACUUCCCUAGAAGGGGUUCAGUAUUUGAGUGGAAAGAACUAUUCAUUCAUUCCUUUUUAGGUUAAAUUGGAGUAGUUAAGGCGUGUGUGUGUGUCUGUGUAUAUGUGUGUGUGUCUGGACUACAAUUUUGGGUAAUCUCAAUCAUUGCAUUUCUAUUAAGAGUUUUUGGGUUUUUUUGUUUUGUUAUUUUUUAAGAAAAAAAACCCCACAAUCCCACUGACGACUAGCAUGAUCAUGAUUCUAAAAGUUUGAGUUUUAUUUAUAAACCAGAACUAGUUUUGAUUCUGGUUGGGGAGGAAGAACUUGGAAAAAUAUGUCAAAUAGGAAUUCAAUCUGUGUGGUAAAAUUUAGCUGUUUUAAAAAAGCCAUUAUGAAAACUACUCCAAAGAACGUGAUUAUGAUUAUAGUUAUGGGGUUUUUUGCUUUUUGGGGUUUUUUUUGUAACUCUUUUUCUAUUGAACAGAUUUUAGAAGUGCCAUUCCUCGCAGACUGCAGUUUGGACACUUUUAAGUAUAUUGCAUUUAAUGCAACCAAGCUUGGACCCUUUUCUACACUAAUAUUUGGUAAGCACCGGCUUCAACGGCCUGACUUUUCUAAGCACCCCGCUUCUUUGCAACUUAAUGUAACGAUAAAGUUAGCUUCAUAGAGGAAGAUGAAGAAGAGAAAAGUUCUGUAAUAUGUGUCCCUUUGGCUUGGGGAGUCGCCUCUGUCUUACCUUUCAACCGACCUCUCAUGCAGAUCGGGUGAUGGUCUCGGCCGACAGAUCUUUCAGACUUUAAAAUAUUGCAUGGAGCGUAGAGACUUUUCUGCUUUCAAAGGAAAACCUGUUAGGUUUUUUCCCCCUACCCCACAACGGGGAAAUUGUGUUGAUUCCUUUUUUGCGUCUGCUACAGACAUGCCACAGAUAAUGCUGGUCACAUGGGGCCAAAUAUUGCUCCGCAGCCGCAGAGCUGAGAUAGAAGUAUAUUUCUCGGUGCUUAUAUCCGCAAGUUGGAGGAAAGGGCGGGGAGAAUGGGAAAGCGCCGAAUAAGUGAAAUAAGCGCCGACGAGACCUAGGCUGCGUGGACCUUGGUUCCUUAUCCGUGGUCUCAUCUUGCUAGACCUUUAUUUUCCAUCACUUAUUCAUUUUCCUCAUUCACUUUCCCUCCCUUCACACAUGCCCACGUUUUGAGCCAGGCCAAUUCUUUUCCAAUAUGUCUCUUUCAGAGGUAAAACUGUUUUGUCCGCAGGAGCACAAAUUGUCGUCACGUUCUUGGCCCUCUGUACCACUGGGAUGGGGGAAUACAGCAGCCAAGCCGAGGUUGUGACAGGCAGGUGAAAGUUGGGAAAUGGAAAGUUGUAGCCCCCUUCGGACCUCAUCUGUCUCCUCAUGUCGUCUCUUCUCCGCCAACAGACUCUGCUUUCUGGGGUGUUCAAGCAGUUCCCAGCUGGUCUAGGCCAUGUGGGUAGUGGGACUUUUCACCGCUAAUCACGGAUUAAAUACAGGAUGGGUUAGUAGCACCCUUCUGACUUCAGAAAAACACUGUGGGAUUGACCCUGGAUUAAACGCUCCACCCUAUUGGGGGAGAGUUGGAUUCUAUCACUCAAACCUCAUUGGAGGGGCCAAAGUUUGAGCAAACUCAAGAGAUCAGGUUUCCUUCCAAAUUAUCCCCAGGAAACCCAGAAAGAGGUCCAAGAUGAAGGGAUAUUGGCUAGGAAAGGUUUCUGUGUGCUAACGGAUUUGACCCACUUCAGUUCUGAGCAGCUAGGACAUAGGUCACUUAGACCGGCACUAUAGCCACCUUUCACCGACAUUAAUUCUUGUAAUAAAAUCCAAUCCUGACUUUACAUUUAUUUCAUCUUUAAACCCGAGAAAGAGCUGUGCGCUUCAGAGAUUUCCGAUAUUUGUCACCGGUCCUUGUCCAUGCGAACAGUCUUUUGGGUGGCAGUGUAAAAUUUGUGCUUUUUAGUCCCUUUAUUCCUUCAGUUUCAGGGUGAGAUUUCCCCAGUGGAACAGGUGGUUUGUUUAUUGAUCGUUUUAUUUCUAAAUAUCAGUUUAAAAGAUAGUAUCAGCAGCGCAGAGGUAACAGCAGACACUGAUCAAAAAAGUAUUUUGUUUCAUCCCCAUUUUGAUGCACAUCUCGUGGUUAAAUCAAAAAACGAUCUUUUGUGCCACUCCAAUCAGUAUUUGAACAUAGAGAAGGAUUCUUUUCUGAGGUCUCACGGUAACUCUCUCAUCCCCAAGAAAAGUACCUUUCCCUCCCAUCCAAACUAUCUACCGCUUAUGCUCUUUAGUUUCGUUUCAUCAUGGGGGGAAAAAAAAAAUAUUCCCUCCCUAAGCCAGGACAUUGAACUGAAUUGGAAAACUGACUGUAAAAUUAUUCCAGAAGUCAAAUGAGAAUUUAUUGUAGUAUGCCUAACUUUUUUUUCCUUUUCUCUCUGGAACAUUUUACAAGUAUACCAUGUACUGCUGGCAGCUAUUGUUUAAAAUAAAUAAAAAUUAUAUUUUCACUACCA